UGCGCAUGCGCGGCUCCCGGAGCGCACAGCGUGGCGAUCGGCGGUGCGCUGUGUCCCUCAGACACAGCGGAUCACCAAUCCACGGAAAGAGCCAAAGAUGUCGGCUCUGUCAUGUGAUCAGCUGUGUCCAAUCACAGCUGAUCACAUCAGUGCCACCUGUCAGUGUCCAUCAGUGCCAGCUCUCAGUGCUCAUCCAUGCCACCUGCCAGUGCCCAUCAGUGCCACAUUUCAGUGCCCAUCAGUGCCACAUCAAUGCCACAUAUCAGUGCCCAUCUGAGCUGCCUUUCAGUGUCACCUAUCAGUGCCAGUCAGUGCCACCUAUCAAUGCCAGUCAGUGCCACCUAUCAGUGCUGCCAAUCAGUGCCAGUCAGUGCCGCCUAUCAGUGCCAGUCAGUGCCGCCUAUCAAUGUCUAUCAGUGCCCGUCAGUGCUGCCUAUCCAUGCCGCCUAACAGUGCCAUCUAUCAGUGCCAGUCAGUGCCACCUAUCAGUG